AUGGGUGAAAAUGGAAAUGGAAAUGCAGCUGCCUUGCACACUGCAAUGAACGCUGUGCAGGCAUUAGGAAGGGGAUUUGAUGUUAACUUUGAUACGAGGUUAUUGUACUGUAAAGGCGUGGCAGGUUCUAGGAUAGUUGAAGUUGAUGAGGAACAUGGUAGGGACAUCUACUUGGACGAUCAUAUUGUUCUGUCCAAUAUUUCUAGAGAUAUCAAGAACUUCCAAGAGCCUUUUGGCCGUCACAAUUCUGGGGUUUGCAAUUUUCAUGAGAUGCUGGAAUAUUUUAAUAAAAAAGCAAAUGUGUCCGGUGGUUUUCCGCUUGGCAGUUUCAUCUCUGCAUUUAGCUUUACUGGUUCAACAAAUAUUGAUGCUGCGACCACGAAGACACUCUCUAUGGAUGGGUUUUACAUUCCACUUGCCAAGUUUCAGCUUACAAAGUCCCCAUCGGUAUUGCAAGAAAAUGUUAAACGAACUGUCCCAACUUCUUGGGACCCAUCAUCCCUGGCAAGUUUCAUUGAAAAUUUUGGGACACAUGUCAUUACUUCUGUAACUAUUGGUGGUAAAGAUGUGAUAUACAUCAAACAACAUCACUCUUCACCUUUGUCCACCACGGAGAUUAAAAACUAUGUCCAGGAUAUUGGAAAUCAGAGAUUCUCUGACAAAGAAAGUCAUACAAGUUCAGGUCAAAUCAAGUUAAAGGAUAAGGGUCUUGAUCCUGGCUUAUUCAACAGUCAAGGAAUUUACCCUCAGCCUACCAGUGCACCAUAUCUUAAUGGGAAAGAGGAUGUUACGGUAAUAUUUCGGAGGAGGGGAGGAGAUGAUCUGGAGCAAAACCACACCCAAUGGGCAAAAACUGUCCGGUCCUCUCCUGAUGUUAUUGAAAUGACUUUCUAUCCUAUUACUGCUCUGCUUGAGGGGGUAGCUGGAAAGGAGCAUCUGACCCGUGCCAUUAGUGUUUAUCUUGAAUACAAGCCUCCAAUUGAAGAACUAAGGUAUUUUCUAGAGUUCCAAAUUCCUAGGAUAUGGGCUCCUAUACGGGACAAGAUUCCUGGCCACCAAAGGAAGGAACCUAUUUGCCCAUCUUUACAAUUCAGCAUGAUGGGGCAAAAACUUUAUGUCAGCCAAGAGCAGAUCUCAGUUGGACGUAAGCCAGUAACAGGCUUGCGGUUACGCCUAGAAGGAAUCAAGAAGAACCGUCUGAGUAUUCAUCUUCAACACUUAGCUUCUCUUCCAAAGAUCCUACUUCCACACUGGGACACCCAUGUGGCAAUUGGUGCUCCCAAGUGGCAGGGACCUGAGGAGCAAGAUAGCAGAUGGUUUGAACCUGUGAAAUGGAAGAAUUUUUCUCAUGUUAGUACCGCACCAAUUGAAAACCCUGAAACCUUUAUAGGUGACCUCUCUGGUGUCUACAUUGUCACUGGAGCACAACUUGGAGUCUGGGAUUUUGGAUCGAGAAAUGUCUUGUACAUGAAGCUCUUGUAUUCUAGGCUUCCUGGUUGCACAAUACGAAGAUCUUUGUGGGACCAUAUUCCAAAUGACAAAUCAAAAAAAGUUGUUGCUACUGUGGGUUCUGCCAACUCCGGUGACUCAAGUUCUGGUUCACAAGAAAACAUUGUAAACAAGUUGUCAAAAUUUGUUGAUAUGGCUGAGAUGAGCAAAGGGCCGCAAGAUCCUCCAGGCCAUUGGUUGGUUACCGGUGGAAAGCUUGGUGUUGAGAAAGGCAAAAUUGUUUUGAGAGUGAAGUACUCCUUGCUGAAUUAUUGAAUCUCUUGGAAUGGUUUUGUACGAUUUUUGUGCUGUCUUGGCUGUUCUUUAAGUGGAGGCGGUGCUCUUUGUGCAUGGCCAUUUGUGUUCAUCAUGCUUGUAAAGAACUGUGCUUUGAUGAAUUUGGUUUGAGUAGGUGAGGAUGUGUAUGCAGGAUAUGAAGUUUCUGCCAGUUUUGGGAGCAAUUUCCGUCCUCUUGGAAGUGCUGUGAAUUUUGUAGAAAACCUGUGAAGAUGUCUCUUUUAUCUAACAUGAGAAAGGGGCUUGGACA